UCAGGGAUCCUCAUCGAAAACGCGGAAGAAAGCCUGAACAUCCUCCUCGAACUCCGCCCAUACUUCGCCAUCAGACGUCAUGGGAUAUACCCACCGACCUUGGUACACAAACUGCUGAGGCUCGUAGUCCAGCUCCGGGGACUCGGUGAACAUCCGAAAGCUGUUUUGCGAGGAGAUGAGGACCCCACCCAUUCUUUUCCGGUGAAGAUGCGGGUGCGCCUGUCGCUGAUGCCACCAUUGCCUCCGGAGCAUUUCCAUCGCGGGGAGCCAGUCGUCGGUGGUGUUUUUCCAGCACUUGAGGAUUACGAUCAAGACCCUUUGGUCGUUGCGCUGGAGGGGGUAGACUUCUAUGUUGUCGCACGGGGUGGAGAAGUUGUAUGGCAACGGGAAGCUUGCCAUUUUAAAGGUGAAGGUGGUUUACCUGGGGACUUAAGGUGUCAGAUAGAAGAAAGGCCUGGUGUGAGUCGACAGCUUCGUAUUAGCCGUAUUUAAAGUCCUGCGUUCCGAAUAUUGAAGUUUC